UGAUAUACAAAUGCAGUAACUCAUCAUAACUGUUUUGCAAUUUUAUGUCUUAUAGCGGUCACUUUUGGCUAUGAUAACCAGCCCUUGUUGUUCAAGGAUGUGGACUUUGGUAUAGACAUGCACUCCAGAGUGUCUAUAGUUGGCCCAAACGGAGUGGGAAAAAGUACCUUCCUCAAACUGCUGGCAGGGCAGAUACCACCACUGCAGGGGGAACAAAGGAAGAAUCCCAGACUGAAAGUAGGGUUCUACAACCAGCACUCGGCAGACCAGCUGGAGGUUGACAUCAGUCCCACGGACUACCUCCAGAAGCACUUCAACCUGCAGUAUCAGGACGCCAGGAAAACCCUGGGCAGGUUCGGACUGGUCAGCUAUGCCCACACCAUCCCCAUACGGGAUCUCUCAGGUAACUGUUAGAUAAAGUAUCAGGGUUCGGACUGGUCAGCUAUGCCCACACCAUCCCCAUACGGGACCUCUCAGGUAACUGUUAGAUAAAGUAUCAGGGUUCGGACUGGUCAGCUAUGCCCACACCAUCCCCAUACGGGAUCUCUCAAGUAACUGUUAGAUAAAGUAUCAGGGUUCGGACUGGUCAGCUAUGCCCACACCAUCCCCAUACGGGACCUCUCAGGUAACUGUUAGAUAAAGUAUCAGGGUUCGGACUGGUCAGCUAUGCCCACACCAUCCCCAUACGGGACCUAUCAGGUAACUGUUAGAUAAAGUAUCAGGGUUCAGACUGGUCAGC